GGGUUUACUGCGACGCGGUCAGUGUUACAAUUUUUAUUACCACUGUCAGUUACAUCUAAUAUCUCUUUUUCAGUAGACAAAGUAAUAAAGAGAGCCGUUUUCUUAAGAUUUUGUAAGACAGUGGCCCCUGCUGGCCGUUAUGCAGAAGUACAACGCAAACGCUCCUUCUUUUACCCCACUUUUCCUCUCCGAGAUUUAACCAUUUGCACAACAACAGUGUGUAUGAUAAAUACAAUACACCGCACCGGUUAUGCUCUCAUUGAAUUAAAACACACGCCUUACUAAGAAACAUUGCUUCAGUGUAAAGAACACACUCAGCCAUGUCUGGAGUUAAGAGGAAAAUAGAAGACAACGACCCAGACUAUGAGGAAAUCUCCCUCAUUCACAACAGCAAGAAAAACAAAGCAGAUGAACAGAAUGCUAGACAAGCAGCAGUCCAGAAGAUUGAAGCAAUCAUCCGGGAGCAGUUUAAUCUGGAGAUGAAGAGCAAAGAGCAUGAGAUUGAUGUGAUAAGUCAGCGGCUCAAUGAAGCCAGGAGAAUGAUGGACAAGCUACGGGCAUGCAUAGUUGCCAAUUACUACGCUAAUGCUGGGAUGACAAAGAAUCCAGAGCAUUGCACCAAGGGUGACCCUGCCAUGCUCAACCAUCCAGCCAUCCGCCGCUACCUGGAGUCCCCAUCACGUUCCUCUUCCCCUCUCAACCAGGGCUCUGAGACACCGUCACUGGCUCAGUCAGAGUCUGAAUCCCUCUCACAGCAAGGAGAAGGAUCUGAGCGAGACACAGAGGGAUCAUGGAGAGAAGACGGCAGCAAGCAGGAGCGCAGACCAGGACGAAAUACGGGCAAAGACACAUUUGGUGUGCCUUCAUCUGUUGGAGCAGAACAGAGAGUUACCUUCCACACAACAGGAGAUGAAGCCUCGAGACUGUAUGCAAAAAAGACAAUUGUUGUGGGGAAUGUGUCCAAAUACAUACCCCCUGAUAAGCGAGAAGAGAAUGACCAGUCUACCCAUAAAUGGAUGGUGUAUGUGCGAGGUUCCAGGAGAGAACCCAGUAUUGACCACUUUGUGAAGAAAGUCUGGUUCUUCCUGCAUCCCAGCUACAAACCAAAUGACCUCGUGGAAGUCAGUGAGCCACCUUUUCAUUUGACACGCCGUGGCUGGGGUGAGUUUCCCGUGAGGAUCCAGAUCCACUUCAAAGACCCUCGCAACAAGCGCAUUGACAUCAUCCAUCAGUUAAAGUUGGACAGAACAUACACUGGGCUCCAGACCCUGGGGGCAGAAACUGUGGUGGACGUGGAGCUUCACAGGGACUCUCUCGGGGAGGACUUCAUUCCACAGUCCACUUCAUCCAAGGCGACUAACAGAGCAGCUAGCCCCACCUACCUGGCCCAAAGUAGUGGACGCUCCAGCCCACCCAUCUCCCAUGAACCCAGUCUAGACAAAGCUGUGAUCAAAACAGAGAUGGGGAGACAUGCCGGGGCACAGAGCUCCACUCUGACUGCUGUUGAACGAACCCCAACCCGACCCAAAGCCAGUGAUAGGGUCACCCUGGGAUCCCAUGGGAAUUCAGCCUUUCAGCCCAUCACCGCCAGCUGUAAGAUAGUUUCACAGGGGCAGCCACCAAGUCCUGCUGAUUCUCCUGGAAAAUCAUUCCAACCAAUCACCAUGAGCUGCAAAAUAGUCUCAGGGUCUCCCAUUUCUACCCCGAGUCACUCCCCACUGCCUCGCACACCCACCACGUCCACCCCCGUCCAUAGCAAACAGAACUCUUCAUCGGUGCUCAACAAUCCUUAUAUUAUUGUUGACAAGCCAGGCCAGGUCAUAGGCUUGACCUCCUCGUCCUCAGCCUCUACAGGAAGCUCCUCUGCAAAACAAUCUGCAGCGCAAGGAACUCGCUCUCCUGCCCCUAAAGUUCACACUGGCACCCUGCUCUCCUCAGGGGUUAAGGUCAUUAUCAAACAGGAACCAGGAGAAGUUUCUUCACAGCAGCAGAUGGUUUCCACAGUAACCAGCCAGCAGCAGCCUGCAACUACAGCAGCGCACCAGUUUGUCGCAGUGAAGGGAGGUCACAUGAUCUCCAUGUCAGCCCAAAAACAGGCCGGAGGGGCCGCAGCGGCCACAUCAGGCAAGAUAUUGGGAAUUCCUGUGAGCUCAACUCUUCAGUCAGCGGUCAAACAGGUGGCCAUCAGCAGUGGACAGAUUCUCGUUGCCAAGGGCAACCCCUCCGUCUCCAAAGUGAUGAGUGGGAAGCAAGUUUUGGCUCAAGGAGUUGCUAAAGCCAUUGUGAGUGGGGCCACCGGGCUCUCUGGUCAGCAGGGUGCUGUCAAGGCAGCUGGUGGUUCAGGAGGCAAGAGUGGAGUAAUGGCGACUCUUCAGCUGCCAGCCAACAACCUGGCAAAUCUCGCCAAUUUGCCACCAGGCACCAAGCUCUACCUGACGACUAACAGCAAGAACCCGUCAGGAAAAGGAAAACUCCUUCUCAUCCCACAGGGAGCUAUCCUGCGAGCUUCCAGUGCAAGUCAGCAGUCCCAGAGCAGCUCCUCAGCAGGUGCAGGAGGAUCUCAGACCUCCUCCUCCUCAACAUCAAGCAGUCUGCCCUCCAACCUCUCCUACACAUCCUACAUCUUAAAACAGACCCCACAGGGCACAUUUCUGGUUGGUCAACCAGCACAGGGUUCAGGUAAACCGGGUGUUUCCAGUUCUGUGAGUCAAGCAGCCUCCUCAACAGCUGGUGUUACCCAGCAGGCCAUACGGGUAACAGCUGGACAAAAGGCAGCCAUUCUGGCUCAGAUGGUGAGUAGCUCCCAGGGGGCACAGGUGAAGUUGUCAGACGGCUCUGUUAAAACAGUGACAGCAGCAGCAGGACACUUGUCCAAGCCAGGAACAACCACGCUCCGAAUGACAGGUGGAGUCAUCACUGCAGCCAGCUCCACCCCCAGCUCUUUGAGUGCUGCAGCAGCAGGAAACCUACAACAGGCUGCUGAUGGUGGGAAAUCUGCCUCUCAGCACCCGUCCCUCCUGGUGGCAGCCAAUCAAGCAGCCGUCAUCAGUGCGGCUAAAAGCGCCAGUGCUGCUGCGGCGGCCGCAGCUGCUGCCGGUGGCAGCAGCCUGUCAAAGACGGCAGUGGCCGCUCUGAUCAAAGGGACCAGUGGUGCUGCCACUAUGACGAAGAGCGCGUCAGGGUCAACGGGAGCCGUGGUCACACUUGCCAAAGGCUCUGCAAAUAUGCCAGUCAUGGGAACAUCUAAAGGUGCAGUGGCGGGGACUUUGACCAAAGGGGGCAGCACAUCAUUGGUCAGUGCAGCCUCUCUAAUCAGUGGAAUGGCUGCUGCUGGGGCCAAGAGCACUCCAACUCUGUCUGGUAUGUUGAAGAUUCAUUCUGGAGGUUCCAGCUCUCCACAGACUGUUCUAACAAUUCCGGCAAAUCAACUUAAACAGCUGGGGGUUGGAACUGGGUCUGGGGGUCUGCAGACUCUCCUAAUGCCUGUUGGUAAAGUUGUGUCUAAAGGCACAGUCAUCACUACUCCCUCCUCCUCCUCCUCCUCCUCUUCCAACACUCCUGGAGCACCUGGAGCUGGAGCCUCCCCAAGUCCUGCCAUUCAGGCUGCCCCCUCCCUUGCUCUGCCCCUGGCACAAGUGAAGACAGAGCCAGGCACGGGCACAGCUGUCACAGCUGGACCCUCUCCUUUGGGGACAAACUCUGUCUCCUCAUCUGUCCACGUGGCUUCUGCAGCCACAACAGUCAAACAAGAACAAGGAGCUGAUAAUUCUUCUCAUGAACUCAUCAACACGGAUCACAUAGAGACCAUGAUGCAGCUGCUGACGGCUGUGGUGAAGAAGUUUCCUCUGGUUGUUCCAGAGAAAACUGAAGACUCCCAUCCAUUCUGUGCCUCUUCAACUGAACAGUAUUAUUCAUGGAACAUUGGUAAACGCAGAGCGUCAGAGCUGCAGCGAGCAGUGGCGGUGAAGCGACUCAUCCAAGACGUGUUGGAUCGCUCGCCCCGUUUGCAGGCCCUCACCCCACCGAAGACCAGGGAGGUGGUGCAGUGGUGCCGACAGAGGGGCUACACGCCACCUGACCCCGAGCCCCACCGCAAAAAUGAGGACGAGUCCAUUGAGGACAUACUGACACAGAUCGACAACGAACCAGAGUGUCCGUCCACACUGGGCAGCAGCGAGGAGCUGGUGCUGCGACUGGAGCAGAUGCAAGCGCUGCUGAAAACUGAACCGGAGGAGGCCGACGAGGAAAUCGUGGACAUCGUGACCGUGGUUCCUCCCAGCCAGAAGCUGAAGGUCAAAGAAGAGGAGCAAGAAGCUGACGCCGAGCCCAAAUUCUACGUGGGCCCCUGUGUGUUGGCUCAGUUUGUCAGUGAAACAGCUCAGCAGAUUGGCGUCAACUUUCCAUCUGUGGAGGUGGAGAAGAACCUGUUUGCUCCAGUCAUUGAAGCCAUGAUUCUUAAGGCCACUGAACAGUUUGCCAGCGACGUCCUGAGAGAAGCUCUAGCUGUGGCCUACAGCAAAUCUCCUCAGAACAGGGCUCCCAGAGAGAUCACAGCCAUGAACAUCCACCAGGCGGUCGGCAGCAUCCCCACCUGUGACUUCCUCACUAACGCACACAUGGGUUACCUGUCCAAAGACAACUGAAGACCACUGGAACUGUGGGGAACUGUAACAGGGUUGUCAGAUUGACCCGGCCUCAAGUUGUGCAGUAUUAUCCCAUGUACUGUAUCCAUUUACUCUAAAGAUGUGCUGUGUGUGUACUCUCCACGAAUAACUAAUGGUUCUAAUACUGCAGGAAAUGUGCAACGUUUGACACACUGGGAAUGGAGUCGUUACAUUUUCAGAGGCUUUACUCAACAACAUGAUCAUUAGAAUGAUGAGUGUUUCCUUGUGCAGCCUUCAUUAUGGGAGAGUGAAGGCUGAUGGAGCUCUGGGGCUCAGUAACUGCAGCAGACAGCUGUCCUUCGCUGUCAGGAGACCUGAACAGAUUUGUUCCACCAGCAGACGUGACACAGAUUUACAGCCAGCCUCAAACACUAAUGAACAUCUGAGUGUCAGGCAACUGUCGGUGGUAACAUUAACAACAAGGUCUGGUGAAUGUUGUUCUAUUGUUCAGUGCAGUCAACAAACUUCGACUUGACUGUUGUUCUCGCCGUUCUUUUUUUUUUUUUUUCAAAUGAAUCAAAUGUUAUUCUUUCCUCACUUAGUCAAAACACCAGUAUUUGUCUUUUAUUAUUGUUAUUAUUAUUAUCAACAACCACCGUUCCUCGUCUGUCAUAGUGUUUUAAACAUUGAGUUUAUUCAACACUCGUGUGUAUUUAUCAAAGAGUACGUGACCAGUGUAAAAUAGACGUCUUUCAAAUCCACUUUUAUUUUUCUAUUUGUAUGUAAUACCUUUGUGUGUGUGUGUGUGCGAACGGGAGUGUGUGAGAGAAUGAAAGGUUUCGUUUGUGAAUCUAUUAAAUGUGGAGCUUGGACGUUAGUGCAUGUGUUGAUCUCUGUUAGUGUAGAAGAAAUUAAAAAAACAAAAAUUAAUAUUCUUGUAUUAAACAGAAAAAAUAGUUUUUUACCAAACCUGACUCGUCUUUUAAA